GUUGAUAUAAAACUUUAAAGAGAAUGCAAAUGGCCUAGCUGGAUCAGACUCCGCCUAUUUAAAUUUCUUUCACAUUUUGCAAGCUUUUCCCACAUUUUCUCGACAAAUAUUUUUAUCCAGCAAAGAUCAUGAACCCAGAAAACGAACAUGAUCCACAAAAUAACUUCAAAUUCAAACUCAAAGCUUUGAACCUCUUGUUUCUAGCGUUUUUCGCCAUCAUCUUAGAUCCUUUUUGCACGUUUUCGAUUCACGAUUUGGUUCACAUAAUCCGCCAUGAAAACUUAAAAACAAUCACAAUAUCCUCAUUUUCUCUCAUUUUCUUAGCAACCCUUUACUUCAGAAACCGUCGUAGAAAAGUUUACCUACUGAAUUUCGCAUGUUAUAAGCCUAAACCAGAUCAAAGAUGCAGCAAAGAACGUAUAAUGAAAAUAUUUGCAGGCACUGGGAAAUUCACAGAAGAAAGCUUAGCAUUCCAAAAGAAAAUCAUGGAGAAAUCAGGUGUUGGUGAUAAGACAUAUGUUCCGAGAGAUAUGAUGGCGGUUCCAGUUAAAAAAGGAAUUGCAGCGGCGAAAAAGGAAACAGAAGAGGUUAUAUUUGGAGCCAUUGAAGAGGUAUUGGAGAAAAGUGGGAUGAAAAGUAAGGAUAUAGGGAUCCUUGUGGUGAAUAGCAGCGUGUUUAACCCAGUGCCGUCGUGGUCCGCCAUGAUUGCCAAUCGAUUUAAGCUUAGACACGAUGUUUUGAGUUAUAGUCUUGGUGGGAUGGGUUGCAGUGCUGGAGUUAUCGCCAUUGAUGUUGCUAAACAACUUUUGCAGGUGCACCCAAGGACUUAUGCUUUGGUGGUGAGCGCCGAAAAUGUCACUAAGGACUCAUAUUUAGGCAACAAUCGAGCAAUGCUACUUUCAAACACCCUAUUUCGAGUUGGCGGAGCUGCCAUCCUUCUAUCUAACCACCCAUCAGACCACUACCGCUCCAAGUACGAGCUGGUUCACACCCUUCGCACCCAUGAAGGCGGCAACGAUGCCAGCUACAAAUGCGUGCAUGAAGAAGAAGAUGAACAAGGCAACAUUGGCAUCGCCCUCUCUAAAAAUCUCAUGGCAGUUGCCGGAGAAGCCUUGAAAGCAAAUAUCUCAACACUUGCCCCAUUCGUUCUUCCCUGGUCCGAACUGCUCCUUGUUGUUACUUCUUUGGUUGCAAGAAAAUUCUUCACAAAAAAGGUGAAACCCUACAUUCCAAAUUUCAAGCUAGCAUUCGAGCAUUUCUGCAUUCAUGCAGGAGGAAAAGCAGUGUUGGAUGAAUUGCAGAAAAGCUUGAACCUUGGUGAAUGGCAAAUGGAGCCAUCGAGGAUGACUCUUUACAGAUUCGGCAACACUUCGAGUUCUUCAUUGUGGUAUGAGUUGGCUUAUUCUGAAGCUAAGGGCAGGAUCAACAAUGGCGAUAGGGUUUGGCAAAUAGGGUUUGGAUCAGGCUUCAAAUGCAACAGUAUGGUUUGGAAGGCAUUGAAGAACAUCCAUCCUUUAGUGGAGAAGAAUCCAUGGAUGGAUGAGAUUCAUGAUUUCCCUGUUAUUCUGCCUAAACAUGAACCACUUUCGAGUUCAACUAUCUAAACCAAUCAAAAUCUAGAAUAUUUAAAAAUAAAGCAAAUUAAAUAUUUAGUAAGUUAUAUGUGGUUUAAAUUAUAGACUUAGCAAGAUGAACUAUCUAAAUGAAUCAAACUCUGUAAUGAUUAAAAAUAAGGUAAAUUACAUAUUUGUAUGUAUCAUUUAAAUUGAAGUUUUCGCCCUUAAAUUAAA